GGCAGUAGCAUGAUCCCAGAGGAGAUUCAGAGACUCCUUGAAGAUGCUGAAGGUUACCUAGUGGAUGGACUGCAGAAUGAAAACUUGAGUGCUAAAGCAAGGGAGCAGAGGGAUGCAAUUCUCUUUGGCUUCCAGCAAGUCAAAGCCAGGUAUCACUCGGAGCUUCUGCCCCGAGAAGAGGAUCUGCAUGAUGCUUGCUUUGGACGAGACAGCUCUGAUGAAAAUCAGAGCUGGAGUUUGGUCCCUUCCAUGACAUCUGACGUUUCACUUCCAUCAGACUUCCAGGAAGAUGGGUUGGAGGAAAUCAUACCGAGGCCUGUUCAAGACGCAGGGAACAUUCUGAAGCAAGGAUAUUUGGAGAAGAGGUCCAGAGACCAUGGCUUCUUUGGGUCGGAGUGGCAGAAGCGGUGGUGUGUCCUCAACAGAACUACCUUUUACUACUAUGCAAAUGAGAAAAGCAAACAACCUAAAGGUACCUUUUCCAUUGAGCACUAUAGUGCCCGACUGGCUUCCCAUCUCCGCAAAGACUCUCGAAGAAAAUGCUGUUUUGAAUUAAUCUGCCCUGGCAAACGUACCUACGAGUUCACAGCCCGAAGUCCAGCAGAGGCUGAAGACUGGGUGGACCAGAUCCAGUUCCUCCUGAAGGACCUGACCUCCGUCACUAUCCCGUAUGAUGAAGAGGAUGAGGAAGAGCUCUACAAUGACGUGGACAGUUCUGACUCUCUGAAUACAGCAUCCCACAACACUACCAUGAAUCAGGAGGAGCCAGACGAUGGGAUAGGAGAGGAUGACAUCUAUGAGAUUUUGCCAGAGGAGGAGCUGGACCCCCCCUUUGCAGAGGGCACUGAGGAUGCUGGAAGCGGACAGAGAAAUGGAGGCAACGCCUCGGAGAGGCAGUGGGGAGCAUCCGGCGCUGGGCCAGGGAGAGCGGUGCUCCGGCCAAAACAAUUGGAGGAGAGGGCAGGAAAUGACUCAGGGCCCGAAGGAAGCUGGCGCAGGGAGGGAUCUCGGCACUGGAAGCCGGAAGGCAACGCACCACCACCCUAG